AUGUCAGCUUUUCCGAUUUCUUCUAAUGGUAACAUUGGUUCAAUUGAACGAAAGCGUGAUGUUUGUAUUAACGAUGCCCUGCCCCGGGAACUCAUAUUAAAAAUAUUUUCAUAUCUUGACAUUGAAACUCUUUGUACAUGUGCUCAAGUCUGCAAGUUUUGGUAUAAAUGUGCUUUUGAUGGAAGUAAUUGGAAAAGAACCAAUUUAUUCAACUUUCAACGAGAUGUUCAACCAGAUGUUGUGGAGAAAAUAGCGCAACGUUGUCAGGGUUUUCUCAGAGAGCUGAUACUUCGUGGCUGUCGUAAUAUUAAUGAUGAUGCAAUAAGACGCUUCACGGUUUUGUGUCGGCUAAUUGAGAUCCUCGAUUUGUCAGAAUGCCAACAUUUAACUGACGAUGCUUGUAAAUAUCUUGGGCAAAAUUGCCCUGAACUUCAACAGCUUUCACUUGCUUCCUGUCCAAAUAUUGGCGAUGUUGGGAUGAAAUGGUUAAGUGCCUGUGAGAGAUUGACUCACUUGGAUGUCUCCUGGUGUUCAGUGGGUGAUGAGGGCCUGGCAGCCAUCGCACAGGGAUGUUUGAGUCUGAAGGAGCUCAAAGUUAUGGGCUGUCAUGAUAUCUCCAGUCGUGGUGUUGGUCACAUCGCCAGUCGUUCCUUCGGCCUUCUGCUCCUCAAUCUCAGCCAUUGCGGUCAGAACAUAACCGACGAAGCCAUGAUUCAUCUUGCCAUGGGUUGUCCCUUCCUGCGUGCCCUCUUCAUCUCCCUGUGUCACAUUACCGAUGCGGGUUUGCGAGCCCUAGCAGGAACCCUUCCCCCAACCACAGCGGUGGAAAUGCUGGGCAUUACUUUGCCAACGGGUUCCAGUGGAGGAUUCCAAGGUCUCUCUACAUCAACUCACGCGGGGAAUGGUCGAUCAAUGCGGUCAGCACGUCAUCGACCUGUCAGUGAAACAGGCGGAGGUCUGUUUGCAAAUGGUAGUGGUGGCGUAUCGCAUCGCCACUCUUCCGCUUCUGCCUACCCUCUCACUACUCCCAGUUCUCCCUCGGGCUGGUUGACGGGAUCUGCCUCGGCUCUACAUCCUAAGCCUCUGGUGAUUCCUGGAUGCAAGGAGUUGAGGGUACUGGAAAUUAGUCAAUGCAUUCAAAUCACGGAUGCAGGACUUGCUGCUCUUGCCAGGAAUUGUGUCAAUGUGAGAACCUUAUUUACCAUUCUAAUACUAUUUUUGAUAAAACGAAAAAAAGAAUGUUUUACAAAUUUUGUCAUGAGGCAUGCAUAG